AUGCGACAAAUUGAAACGUUUAUAGAACCUCGAAUAAAAGACGAUCAAGUGCGUUUAUUGUAUUUAAUUCAUUAUUGUAAGGGAAAAGCAAAAAAUGCGAUUGAAGGCUGUAUUAUUAUGGAUCCACAAGCAGGAUAUAAGAGAGCUAAGGCCAUUUUAAAACAGCUUUUUGGACAGUCGCAUGUAAUAGCUCGAGAAACUUUAGAGGAUUUAUUUAGAACUGGGAAUGUACAUUUCAAUGAUCCUGAAUCAUUGACGAACUUGGCUAAUAAAAUGCAGAAUGCUGCUUUAACUUUAGAACAGCUAAAUUGCACAACGGAACUUAAUUCCAUGGUUACUUUAGAACGAAUAGUCAGGCUCUUACCUCGUCGAAUGCAAGCCCAGUGGGCAGAGCUAGUAAUCAAGUGGGACGAAGAGGAGAGAGAGCCUAAUUUCAAUGAAUUGACGGAAUUCAUUAUGUCUCGUGCUAAGAUAGCUAGUAGUAGGUUUGGAAGAUUAGCUUAUCAGGCUAAAACAGGAAAUAAUACGGAAGCUACUAGUGGUCUGCGUGCGAGACAUGAGGAUUUUUCGUUUCUACCUAAAGCACGCUCGGAAGAUAAAAGAGUUGUCAAUUAUAUCACGAAAGCAUACGCUGAUGAAGGACGAGUAUGUGACCGUAACGAUGUAAAACCUCUUGAUGCGUAUCCUAGUAAGAAGCCGGUUGGUGUAACAGAUAAGAUGGCUUUUCUAAGUAUGGAAAAGAAAGAAAAAGGUGAAAAGUGUAGGCAUCAAGAUGGAUCCGAAGUGUGUGAUGAUAAAAGCCUCUUAGCUGCUCGAAAAGCCUGGAACGGUUAUUUGGAUUCGAGUAAUCAGAGGUUAAUGAGUUCAGCAAAUAUGAAUAAGGCCCAGGCAGGAUUGACUGAACGGAAUAAAGCUUAUUUUCGGAACCCUUCAGUUAGGGUAAAUUAUAUAACUGGACCUAGAGUAGAUUCUAGGAUAAGUGAUGGUGGUACAGUAACGGCUAAAAAGCCUAGGAGACAUGAUGCUACUAUUACUAAGAAGCCUAAACCUCAUGCUCUUUCGGAUGCUACGACUAGCCAUGGAAAUAGUAGCCAUCAGAACCUUAGUAGUGACAGUGAUAAUAAGGAGAUAGAAGGUGUCAGCAGUCCACUUAUAGUGACUAGUCUAUCAACUUCAUCGAAUGAGCCUCCUAGUGUUUCGACGUCAUCGGACCUCGUCACGAAGGCUAAUUUGAUUGAAGAUGCACAAGGUUUUGCAACUGUAACUGUUCAUAUUCCGGUUGACUGUCAGUCGAGUGAUGAAGAGAAGAAAGUGUUUGAUGGUAACGGCCAGUCUACAGUGUUGUGUGAUGACGAUGCUAUUGAUGAGCAUACGUCUUGUGUCUCUGAAACGGAUGCUAAUGCACACCGAAUUGACGCGACUUGUCUGACAGAACGGAAUCAUUUAGACGUUGAUAAUAAACUGGAUGUCACUGAUGUGACAAAUGAGUUACUGACGAUGACGAAUACUGAUCAAACCUCCUCUGUAUCGGGAGAUGGAUGGAUAAAUAUUGAUCCCACGUCAUGCUACUUAAAGUCUUCUGGAGACGAUGAAAUGUCAAAAUUGCAGAUCCCACCCUUGCAUAUUAUCUAUGGGUCAAGAAUUUCUGUUGAUAAUUUUUGUGUUGCUUCUGAACUGUACAUAUGUUAUUUAAAUCUGAUAUAA